CUGACGUUCACGACGAACUCCCCCGCACUCCACCUGUGCUUCCUUUUCUCAACUUUUAACCCCAACUUUCUCGGAAGUUUGGGCUCUUGAUCAGCAAUUGACUAGGGGCGCCAUCUUCUGACUUUCAAGGCAUCAGCCACCCACAUUCUUUUGGAUAUACACUCUCUUUCCAGUUUCGCUCCCUUUUUCCCCGAGCUUUUGGCUCUUCUUCUCUCCCCUCCCACCAUCAUGUUCACCCCUCCGCCGUCCCCGAACCCUCCAAGGCGCCAGGAGAAGGCUUCGAGUUCGUCGGUGCCGACGACUCCGCUGCUAGAGUCUUCACCGACGCGGGCAGAGUAUCUAUUUCACGAAGAGGAAAAGCGCCGGAUCGGACGACGAUUCCGGUUGCUGGUCCUCCUUGUUCCCAUCGUUCUGCUCGCAAUCAGCGCCACAGCACGAUUCCUGGCCACAGAGGGACCUUCAACUUACGACCUCAGUUCGCUAACAUCCUCGAUUCGUCGACACGGUCUUAUCAAGCACCGCCAUUCGCUGCAUAGACGGCAAAGCACGGACAGCGAUGAGGAGGACGAUUCGAGUUCCAGUCCCAGCGGCUCUGAGAGGCCCACUCCCUCGGGGAGCGCCCCGUCCAGUUCGAGCACCCCACGACCGAGCCAAGUCGUACCCACAAUCCCAGAUCCAGCAGCACCGCCCACCCUUCCGACCCCUUUCAUCCAGGCCUUCGACAGUCGGCUCCCACAGAACUUUUCAAGCAAUUCAUGCCUUGCCUUUUUCACGAACAUGACGAACACGCGACCCUUUAGAUCAUGCCGACCCUUUUCACUCUUGCUACAAACUUCAAGCACCUUCAUUUCGGCUCAGCAGAACAUCACCCUUCUCAACGAACUUGUAUGGGGGACGUGUAAUACCAACACCGAGGAAAGCGAAUGCCUGUCCAACAUGGCUUGGUUUGCGGACUCGCUCCAGAAGGAGUGCGAGGCGGAUUUGAAGGACGGCAACCUGUUGGCCACGGACACUCUUCUCGCCCUCAAGGCCUACGGUCUCAUGCGCGAAGCAGCCUGCCUCAGCGACCCCACGACGAACACCUACUGCUUCAUCAACGCCGCGCGCGACGUCAACCCGACGAACCUGUACUACUACCACCUCCCGCUCGGUCUCCCGAUCCCACCCAAAAGCUCCGACCCGCAAUGCACGGCGUGUUUGAAGGACUUGAUGGGACUGUACGGAGAGGCGCUGAAGAGCCCCGGUGGGCCGGAGCUGCUGCCUGGGCUGGAGAAGACGUACGAGAGCGCUGCGGAACUGACGCAGGGCAAGUGUGGUGUUGGGUACGCUUUAACGGGUUUGGCUGGCAGUGCGAGUUCGGUCAGGGUGGGCGGGGCGACGAUGGCGGUGGGCCCCGUUGUGGCUGUCUUGAUGGCGCUGUUGGUGUAG